AUGGUCCACCUCGUCGCUCCUUGUUUCCUCUCCUUUGCGCUCGUUGGUCUCUCUUUCCCCCUCGCGUCUGCCCAGGACGACGGCUAUUUUGGUUACAGUCUCGAACAACGAGGCGACCCCAACUCUGUCAUCUACGAGACUCUGGACACGCGUGCAGCGGGCGGCGCUGACCCAAAUACCCCACCCCCAGAUGUCUUUCUAAACGCCUCUGUGUCUGUCGACAACAUCACCAUUGAUGUCCAGAACAUCACCGCCAAAAUCAACCUCAGUGCCCAAGUGCUUGCGCUGCUAGACUUCAACGCAGGUGUUGACGUGAGCAUCGAUCGGGUCAGGCUGGAGAUUGACGAUGUCAAAGCGAAAGUGCUGUUGGAGGCGCGACUGAGCAAUGUUGUGGCGAUGAUUGGAGAUGUGCUUGACUCGCUGGACUUGAAUCCGGUCCUCGCUACAUUGGGACAAGACAUAAACAAAGUCGUGGGCUCUGUCACGGGGAGUGGCAGCGGCAGCAGCGGGUCUACUACAACCACGACAACCACGCCAGCGUCCUCCGCGACCCCGAAUUUACACAAACGCGAUGAUGCCUUUGUCCUUGAGCAAAAUAUUCUGUUCUCCAUCAACGACUAUUCCGGCAAUACACACACGAACCGCAUCCUGACCCAAACGGGGGCGGUUGUCGACGAGUCGCUCGACAACAACGGGCAUGUCACCGGCCGGACUACUGUUGGCACAUUCGCUACGCUUUUCACGCCUUUGGCUGGUCACGAAGGUGGAGUGAAGACGACGAAAAACGGGAUUCCUGUGACGGAAAAGCUGUUUAUGUACAUUCCUCUGCCUGGGGUGGAGGCAAUCAGCGCCAUAUUCUUUGACGAUGCCAAUCGGGUGGUCGCGGCAGAAGUCAUUGCGGAGGCGAAUGGGGGAGGGUCGAGUACUAUUAGUGAGGAUGAUUAA